AUGUUUUCCUUGGUUGAAAUGGUCCUUGAAGAGGAUGAGUUUCAUUUUGAAAGUGUGAGUUCCACCAAAUAUAUACACACAACACCACAGAAAAUGGCGAAAUACGAAGUCAUUGACCAAGAUCCUCUUUUCUCCAAAGUUGUCAGAUACUUCCGUGGCUCGGAUUACCUCACAUGGGCAGGUGCAACAGUUGCAGGUCCAUUGUCAUUAAUCUUGCUUGAGAAAUUCGAACCUGCUUCAGGACGUCAAUUCAAAAUGCCUAAACCAAUGUUUCUACGUGCCGGUGGCUUGAUUGGAUUCACUGCCGGCUUCUUCAUUGCUUAUAACCAGUCUACAAAGAGAUUCUGGGGUGUUUCUGAGAACGCCAGAGAAGUUCAAAAGGAUAGAUACGAAACUAAAGCCUUAUUGGCGCUAGGUAAAAACCCUUACGGCAGUGACGAAUCUACCCUCUCUCCUUACUUACAGGAUCUAUCUGCAAGAUAUUCCAGAAAUUCCCAGUUCUUGAUUGGUAUCUUGCCUUGGUUCAAUUUUGUCCAGCAUCCUUACCAUGGUGUUGAUUUGAAGAAAUACUACGAAGUGAGAGAAGGUGAAGAAAAUUGGAAUUUUGAUUUAGUUCCUCUCGAUCAGAUCAAGGGAUUACCAAACUAG